AUGGAGGCCCUCCAGCCUCACGCUGGGGGCCAGGCUCCUUCAUCUCCAUCUUUUCUCCGCAAGUCCUUUGCUGCUUUAUUUUCAAGCAAUGCAGCCACGCCUUCGCUGUCCGUUCAGGCGACUCCCUCCACCCACAAAGGGGAGCCUGCGUUGAUAUUCUCGCAAAUAGCCAUGGAAAAGCUUGCGGCCCCAUAUCGACAUGCAUUGGUGGGCAAGUUCUCAAGGGGUAGACCGAAGCUAGAGGAUGUACGUGGUUUUUUGCGCAAGUUAGACUUGCGUGACCCAGCAACUGUGGGCUUGUUGGACGCAUGCCAUGUGCUGCUGCAGUUCCAUUCGGAUGCUGAUUUUCACAGAGUGUGGGCAAGGGGGAUUUGGUACGUUCAUGGACAUCCGAUGAGGGUCUUUAAAUGGACUCCAUCGUUUCAUGUAGAUCGUGAGCCAUCUGUUGUCCCGGUGUGGUUCCAGGUGCCCAAGCUGCCCUUGCAUUUGUUCCAUAAGGAAACGUUGUUCCAAAUUGCUGAGAUGGUGGGCGUGCCUCUGUUAGUUGAUGCGGCAACUUUGGCGGUUUCCAGACCUAGCGUUGCUAGGGUCUGCGUGGAGGUGGACUUGAUGAAGCAAAGGCCUUCAAGGGGGCACACGGAGGUGGGUUGCCAUGUGUUGCACCCAGCAUUGAAGCCUGUCAAAGUGGGGGGAGACGGGGAGAGGCCUGGGCAGCCUGCUGAAGGGGGUAUUAAGCCCAGGCAGAGGCAGCGCGAGGUGGUGCAAGAUGGCACAGCGCUGGCUGCAAAUUCAGCAGCAGUUGAGGAGGCCGCAGCGACGAAGGUGUCCAGCUUGGAGCCUUCGAGCGGGACGGUAGCGCUGGUGGAGCCUCAAGCUAUGGUUGGUGUUAUGGUGUCCACAUCCCAAUCUGCUAGUGCUACGGCUGCGUUGGCUGAGCCGCAGACAGUGGUAGCGGUCGAGGUUGCUGAGCAACUUUCUGCGGAGGUGGUGGUGUUGGCUGAGAAGGAGUUGAACCAUGAGCAGGAGUUCGGCGGUAAUGGUGCAGUAGCGGUUGAAGGAUUUGAGGUGGUGUUGGUGGGAGGGCAGGAUUUGAGCAAGGAGGAAGAUGAUUACGGUAAUGAUGUGCGCAUGGGAUCAGCGGAACGGCGACCAACAGAGGCUCACAUGGAUUCUAAAGAUGUCUUGGCAGAAGAGGAAGAGCUUCGUGAGUUGCAGGAGCGGGUGGGUAAUCUUUCACCAAGAGGUGACUCUCACAUGGUGCCUGACGUACUAUCUUCGCUGGUAAGUGACCAUCAGUUGGGUGCACUGAACCUGGAGCCUAACGAAUUAUCUCUGGUGCGGCAAGAUGAGCGGCAGAAGAAAGUAUCUUUGGUGGCGAUUUGUGAACCUAAGACAUCCCUACUGAACCUGGAUUCUAUCCGUGUGAAGGUGGGAAUGGACUUAGCUGUUGCAAAUCAAUCAGGUAGUGUUUGGAUUUUGUACAAUUCGUCGUUUGAUUGCUAUACAAUAGGAGAAUCGGAGCAGCACAUCACGCUGCGCGUGAUUUCCCAAUUAUUGCCUGAGAAGAUAUACUUUUCAUUCGUUCAUGCAAAGUACAUUGCCCAGGAGAGGGAAGGGCUAUGGGGAGAGCUUUUGCGAGAGAAGCAGGAGGUUAAGCCCUGGUUUCUGGUGGGGAAUUUUAACGUGAUUUUGUCUGUAGAGGAGAAACGGGGCGGCGUUCCUUUCAGGCAGGCUGAUGGGGUGGAAUUAGCACAGUUCAUGUCUUUAGCAGGGGUUGGAGAUGCUGGCUUCUCGGGGUCUAGGUAUACUUGGUGCAAUAAUAGGCAGGGUAUGGCUAGGGUUUGGAGACGGUUAGACAGGCUGUUGAUUAACUCGGCGGCUAUGAGGAUGGAAAGUGAUUUCACAGUACGGCAUUUGGGGAAGGAUCCAUCGGAUCAUGCGCCGCUUCUGUUAUCUGCGGUGACGAGAUUGGAUGGUAAGCCAUUGCCGUUCCACUUCUUGAAUGUUUGGACAACAAAACCUGGUUUCCUGGAUGUCGUUAAACAGUGUUGGUCUGGCUCCCUUCCUGGUUCGCCUCUCAAGGUUUUAUCAGAGAAGCUCCGAAAGACGAAACAAGCGCUUCGCCAAUGGUCUAGGAGUUCUUUUAGGGAUAUAUUCUUGGAGAUUCAGUCGGCGGAGCAAAAGGUGGUAGAGGCUGAACUAGCCCAUGAUGACAACCCUUCCGAGAAAUUGCUGAUACAACUACACAAGGCACGAGUUCGGUUACGCAAUGCUUUGGUGGUUGAAGAAGAAUUUUGGAAGCAGAAAGCUCGGGUUAAGUGGUUGGCGGAUGGUGACCGGAAUAUGGCUUUCUUUCAUUCUGUUGUGACGGAGAGGCGGCGAAAGUCUGUUAUUCAUCGGAUUCGGAGGACAAAUGGCGACUGGGUGGACGAUGAGGCAAGUAUUUGUAAUGAGGCCGUCUCUUUCUUCCAGGGUUUGUUUACAGAGGAGGUGGGAAGAGCCUCCAGUGACAUGUUGGAGGUCAUUCCGAGGGUUAUUAAUGAUCAGGAUAACAGCGGGCUGAGGGAGAUCCCUUCUAUGGACCAAGUGAAGGAGGUCUUGUUUUCAAUGGAUGGGGACAGUGCCGCGGGUCCGGAUGGCUUUACAGGGAAGUUUUUCACGGCUGCUUGGGAGGUGGUUGUUGAGGAUGUUCACCGUGCCAUAGAGAGCUUCUUUUGUGGCGCGGAGUUGCCGAGAUGUGUCACCGCUACUGCCAUUGUCUUGUUGCCUAAGGGGUUUUUCAAGUCCGCCCCAGGUUUGCGCCAGGGGAAUCCGAUAUCGCCGGCUUUAUUUGUCAUUGGAGCGGAUGUGCUUUCACGUUCUCUGAAUGCCUUGACGGUGCAUAGGCGUUUCCAUCCCUUCAAAGUUCCGAGUGGAUGCCCUAUGGUCACGCACUUGGCAUAUGCUGACGAUGUGAUCAUUUUCACCAGCAGCAUCAAGGCCUCGGUGUAG